AUGAAAGAGUCCACUUUCUUGGCAAAGUGCACGGCUCUCAAGCCUUUUCCCCUGGCCCCCGCUCUAUUGAGUGCAAACAUACUUCAUGCAUAUACUAUUGACCUCGCCACAGCCUUGCAGAGUCGUGACAGCUCUACAUCCGGGCGCGAUCUCAUUGCCUCGUCGAAGAAGACAAAUCUUGCCAAGCGGUACACCAAAAUCAUCACCGUCAAGGAAGUAGAUCUAAUCUACGCGGAAGGGGAGAACUCAGAUUACGAACCCAAUUUCGUGGCCAGCGUCUACGCCAAGUUGGAGGUCGUAGUGUUACUACUUGAAGACUUUGAACACUUGACCUCAGAAAUCGUGUGCCGGCCAGGCUCCAUAACUAUUCAGCUCCGCCCAGGCAUCGUCUGCGAGUCAAACAAAGUAGCCCUCUUUAGUCUUGAAGACGGUGGCCUCGUCAUCUCGUCUCACUAUGGCUGUAAUAAUCGUGGUGAACAAAGAGUACUCCGGGUCGGCAAAGUGAAAGUUGGCACGGAUGGCUCCGAAUUCACACUUCAUACCGAACCUGCCUCCUAG